CAGGCGGCCGGGCAGCAGAGUAGGGCCGGGCUGGGUGAGCGCACGGCCAUGGCCCCGUGGCUGCAGCUCUGCUCUGUCUUCUUCACAGUCAACGCCUGCCUCAACGGCUCCCAGCUGGCAGUGGCCGCAGGCGGCUCCAGCAGAACGCGGGGCGCCGACACCUGUGGCUGGAGGGGAGUGGGGCCGGCCAGCAGAAACAGCGGGCUGCAUAACAUCACCUUCAGAUAUGACAACUGCACCACUUACUUGAAUCCAGUGGGGAAGCACGUGAUCGCCGAUGCCCAGAACAUCACCAUCAGUCAGUAUGCUUGCCACGAUCAAGUGGCAGUCACCAUUCUUUGGUCCCCAGGAGCCCUUGGCAUCGAAUUCCUAAAAGGAUUUCGGGUAAUACUGGAGGAGCUGAAGUCAGAGGGAAGACAGUGCCAACAACUGAUUCUAAAGGACCCAAAGCAGCUCAACAGUAGCUUCAAACGAGCUGGAGUGGAAUCUCAACCCUUCCUGAAUAUGAAAUUUGAAACAGAUUACUUUGUAAAGAUUGUCCCUUUUCCUUCCAUUAAAAAUGAAAGCAAUUAUCACCCUUUCUUCUUCAGAACCCGCACCUGUGACCUGCUAUUGCAGCCGGACAACCUGGCCUGUAAACCCUUCUGGAAGCCUCGGAACCUCAACGUCACCCAGCACGGUUCAGACAUGCAGGUGUCCUUCGAUCACGCACCCCAUACCUUCGGCUUCCGUUUCUUCUAUCUUCAUUAUAAGCUCAAGCAUGAAGGACCCUUCAAGCGAAAGACCUGUAAACAGGAGCAAAAUACAGAGACAACCAGCUGCCUCCUUCAAAAUGUAUCUCCUGGGGAUUAUAUAAUUGAGCUGGUGGAUGACACUAAUAUGACAAGAAAAGUGAUGCAUUAUGCCUUAAAACCAGUGCAUUCCCAGUGGGCUGGGCCCAUCAGAGCUGUUGCCAUCACUGUGCCGCUGGUUGUCAUAUCGGCAUUUGCGACGCUCUUCACGGUGAUGUGCCGCAAGAAGCAGCAAGAAAAUAUAUAUUCACAUUUAGAUGAAGAGAGUUCUGAGUCCUCCACGUACAUCACAGCACUUCCCAGGGAGAGGCUCCGGCCACGGCCCAAGGUCUUCCUCUGCUAUUCCAGUAAAGAUGGCCAGAAUCACAUGAACGUUGUCCAGUGUUUUGCCUACUUCCUCCAGGACUUCUGUGGCUGUGAGGUCACUCUGGACUUGUGGGAAGACUUCAGCCUCUGCAGAGAAGGGCAGAGAGAAUGGGUCGUCCAGAAGAUCCACGAGUCCCAGUUCAUCAUCGUGGUGUGUUCCAAAGGCAUGAAAUACUUCGUAGACAAGAAGAACUACAAGCACAAAGGAGGCGCCCGAGGCUCGGGGAAAGGGGAGCUCUUCCUGGUGGCCGUGUCUACCAUUGCUGAGAAGCUCCGCCAAGCCAAGCAGAGCUCAUCCACGGCGCUCAGCAAGUUCAUCGCCGUCUACUUCGAUUAUUCCUGUGAGGGAGACGUUCCUGGCGUCCUGGACCUGAGCACCAAGUACAAACUCAUGGACCACCUUCCCCAGCUCUGCUCCCACCUGCAUUCCCAGGACCUCAGCCCCCAGGAGCCGGGGCUGCACCCCGGACGCAUUAGCAGGAAGAACUACUUCCGGAGCAAAUCGGGCCGCUCCCUAUACGUCGCCAUUUGCAACAUGCACCAGUUUAUCGACGAGGAGCCUGACUGGUUUGAAAAGCAGUUCGUUCCCUUCCAUCUCCCCCCACUCCGCUACCGGGAACCGGUUCUGGAGAAGUUUGACUCAGGCUUGGUUUUAAACGAAGUCUUGUGCAAGCCAGGGCCGGAGAGCAAGUUCUGUCUCAAGGCCGAGGCCGCCGGCUCCGGGGCGCCGGCCGACCCGCACUCUGAGGGCCCGGACGAAGACGCGGAGGCCGGGCCCGUUCCAGGCGCCAACGCGGUAAUGCGGCCCCUGCUGCACGCGGUGAAAGCUGCCGGCCCCUCGGACAUGCCACGGGACUCGGGCAUCUACGACUCGUCCGUGCCUUCGUCCGAGUUGUCCCUGCCCCUGAUGGAAGGGCUCUCCACGGACCAAACGGAGACGUCUUCGCUGACGGAGAGCAUGUCGUCCUCAUCAGGCCUGGGUGAGGAGGACCCUCCCGCCCUUCCUUCCAAGCUCCUCGCCUCUGGGGCAUGCAAAGCAGAACCUGGUUGCUGCAGCUACACUGGUGAACUCCACGCGGUCGCUCCUUUGUAACAAAACGAAGAGUCUAAGCAUUGCCACUUUAGCUGCCGCCUCACUCUGGUUCCCCAGCUCGUCUCUCUGGGUAUGUGGCCCACUUGGAGCUGAGGUCUCUUACAAGGAUAUUCAGAAUGAAAUUCUGGCCAGUACUUGCUGUCCUUGCCUCUCUUCUCUACCAGGUAUAUUGGCAGUCUCCAGUUUUCUGAAACCAUGUGGAGCUCUGAAAGGCAUGUCCAUUAUGCCUGACAGCAGCUUGCCAUGUUGGGUCAGACUGGAUUAGAGCCAAUUCUGAGAGGUAGGGAGGAAACAUGUAAAGAGAAACAGGAAAAUACCCACACUGAUUGUUCAGACUUAAUUUAUCUGUGCAAACUUUGCCUAUUCACUAUUGGCUACUUUGAUUUGAAAUGCUUUGUGGAAAAAGCACUUUUGAUGCCACUACAGCCACGGAAAUCAAGUGCCAGUCUCUCUGGAAUCCAUGUUGUUAUAGAUGAUGUUCUUUUCCAUUUUUGAUGUGGAAUUUAUGAUACCAUUUACAAUGCCAUGGGUGUUAAAAAAGCUCUGAGUCAAAGGUCAAGAAGGUGACUGAAUAUUCAAUCACCUUUCAUAAAAAUGAGUUUUUAUGUAUUAGCGGAUGGCAUAUCUGGCUGAGGAGGGAGCCGCAGGGCCAGGCUGACCAUCUAGACCGUUCUUUCUGAGAUGGGUUGGUCAACGUGCAGAAGGCACCAGGGCCACAUCUUGAUCUGAAUAGGCAUCAUGGAGGGGCCAGAUCUCCCUGUGAGGUUUCCCGUGGUUAUAUUUACUGUGCUGAAUCUCAGAUGUUGGUGCCUGGAAGUUUAUUUUUAAGAGGCUGAUACCCAACUGGGCUGUAUUACUGGAAGUUGUAAUUUUUGCUUUGGUUGGCCUCUGGUCUAAAGCUGUGUCCGGAAUGUUAGGGAUCAGAAUCCACUGACAUACGGCAGUAGGUGGAGGUGGUAGUCACUUAAUCUGCUGAACUUGUUUUGACUAACGACAAACCUCUUUUUAAGAAGGUGAAAAGGAAGGGAUUGUUACAAAGAUGAGAGUGCUCUUUGAGUACCAUCUUUGGAAGACAUGGGGCCUGAAAUCAUUAAAUUCUUGAAUCUUAAAGUACUCCCCCCACAGCCCAGCCUGUGAAUCAGGUUUCACUUUGUUUUUGUUGUACUUACCCAAUGAAAGAUUUGUCUCUUGUGCUCCAUUCUGCCAAAAAUACGUAUUGAGAACUUAAGAGGAAAGAAUUUGCUUUAAAAAGGAGAAGUAAAUGUUCUGUUUUUAUGAAUGACUUCUGUACAGAAUUUUUGUUUCCAAAGGGAAAAUACUUGUUCCCUCCUCCUCCCCAUGACCUUGAGGGGGAGUGAGUGUCUUUUUCCACCUUCUUCAUAGAUGCUGCUGGAUUUUGGCACCCUGUUUUCUUAGCACCCCUACCAGGGACCCUGGUUUUCACUGCUUCACCAAAUAGGACCAAUGUUAAGCGGGGACACUGAGAAACAUCCCAAGGCGGGGUGGGAAGUAGGGAGGGCAGGACUUUUCCUUCCAGGCUCAUGCCCAGCAGGUGGGGAAGGGAAGGUUUCUGCCCCUGAUGGAAAGAAGAGGUUUGUGUUUAUCUUUGAUGCAAAUGCCACACUCCCUGCUCUGUAAAGGCAGCUGGCGGCUUCUUGGGAGAAGAACGUGCUUGUCUGUUCUCUGGCAUCAAGUUUCCUGCAGCUGCUCUGAGGGAGAGACAAGUGGGCUGCAGAACUGUCUCCCCCAUAAAACCAGGCAUCUUGUUGGAGAAGAGAUGUUCCAUGUUGUCACCGUGGAAUCUGAGAUGAGCACAGAGCUCCUGCCCACACGUGACUGUCCUGCCAUUCCAUUGUUGGCAUAUGUUCUGUGAAGGAGAUUGGUCAGUCCUAUUACUGUACGAAAAUUCACUUUGGAACAUUUUCAGAGUGAUUUCUUAUUGAAGCCAAGAAAUGGUGCAUGCCCCAAAGGAACCAUUAGGUGCUGCCUUAGGAUAGAUACUCAACUUUGCACAUGAAAGGAGGCAUCUCUGAGAAAGUGGCCCCAGGGACAGCGUGGAGGACUGGAGAGGAAACAUCAACUGGGCUCCAUGAACGAGGGCAGAGAGCUUGCUAAAUAAACUCACUUAUUAUGAAAAUAGAAGGGAAAAUUGUGAUAGUCCAAAAAUCAGGUGAUGCUUUAGUUUGGAUUUAGGGUUUGGGUACUUAUUUUGAAAUACGAAUGAUUGUGAUAUUCAGCAGAAUCAAACUCUAUUUUACCAAGUAUUGAAACGACAGUAUGAAUGCCCAACUCUGAAUAGUUGAGGAGUUCAACUUCCCAGUUUUGCCAUAUUAGUUUCACUUUUUUUUUUUUAACCCUCCCCGUCUCAUGCCGGGAAUAAAACAUUUAUUUUAAGCAGAGCUGCAUUUUUGACUCAACAAAUGGAGUGGACAGUGAAAAUGAUAGGACAGAAUUCAGAUAAAGGUUCUGCCAAGUCACAGACUUUUAGACAUUGGGGAAACAAGAACUAGAAUAUAGGGAUGAUCUCAAUGAAAGGCCUUCAUCCUGAGAGUAAAAGGCUCUGUGGCUCUGAUGGUGUACAGGAGACCAGUGCAGGUAGUUGAAGUUAGGGAGCUAGUUGUUUAUCUUAACUCACCAACGCCCUACACAUCUGACGCAUCUGACACAUUAGCAUUUGACACAGUCAGCUUUGCUAAGAGAGUGACCAGGAGGUGAAAGCCCAGGAAAAGGUGUGUUCUUCUCUCAGGUCAGCUACAAGCAACAGGGACUACCUGGAUGGGCCCAGCCCAGUCAUACUGGGGCAGGAGUCCUCUAGAGGGCUGAGUCCUGGGCCUUUGAGGCAUAUUGCUCUCCAGAGAGAAUGAGAAGUCAUUCAGGUCCAGGCCCAGGUACUUAGGCGGGUGACCCAGCCAGGUAAUAGUAUUUUGAGCCCAAAAUGAGAUGGGGCAAUAAGUCAUCAGACAGAGUUUUUGAUUGACAUAUUAAUAAUAACUGAGGACAGUCCCAGAUCAGAAGUUCAAAAAAUGUCCUAGGCAAUGAUGACAUCGUUGGAAUCAAUAUAUAGUAAUUUAAGUUCAUGUAUGUUUGUCAAAAUUUAGUCGUGCUACUUUAUAGCUACUAGUGUCAUUUUUAAAAAACCCUAGUCUCAGGUUACCUCAUUUAAGCGCAAAUAAACAGGAAAACUGUCCCCCCAAAGUUGUGGGGUUAUGUGAUUUUCAGGACUUUUCCUUUUUUCAGAGUUGAGUAUCUUUUCCUUUAAAAGAGACAAAGGAAGGAAAAGGCUAUUUUAUUCCCGGAGAAGAAAUGUUGCACUUUCCUCCCUAAAGAGAGAAAACCCUGCAGUCCCCAACCACCUCAACACUAAUUUGGCUCUUUGGCUCUUUAUUGGAGGGAGGUGGACAAUGCCAAUGAGAAGAUUAUUAGCCUUUUCUUUUUUAUAUUGUUGGUAAAGAGUGCUGCUCUUAUUUAACAGGUGCUGUUCCUUCAGGGGGCCCCACUGUAGCAAGUGUAAUGAUAAAUAAGGUGUGAUGAUAAAUGGCAGUGACAUGCUCUCUCAGUGUCAGAGAGACAAUAGGGCAUAGUGGGGACUGUGGCAAAUGGACACCCGCUGUCCCACCUGCAGGGAGCAGCCAGUCCAGUCAGUUGCGACCAUGCAGUGUUUCCUGAUUGUCCCAUUUUUCAAGAGAACCUGAGAAUCUGGAUGUUUAUAUGAAAAAUUCUGAUUUUUUUUUUAGUAUUGGCAACUAAAUUUAAAAAAAUUUUUAAAUUGAAUUCAGGCCCAACGGGACAGAUGGGUGGACCUGAUUUGGCCCGCUAGCUGUCAGUUUGCCCCCUCUACUUAAAAGAUUUGAAAAGAAAGGCAUCCAUGGUAAUUACAGAUGUCUGGUGCCACCAGAAAAUGCUCUUGCUAAAUGCAGCCGGGAGCUAGAUUGCUUUUUUUACCCAUUGCUCCCCUAAAGAAAUUUGAUAUGAUUGUGAAUAUAUUUGAAAUCUUUUGAUUGCUUCUUCACACUUCAUGAUGUCUUAAGAAAAAGGCAAGCCAGUUGUUAAUUUCAAAAUCAGAUCUGUGUUCUCCCAAUUUAAAAAAUAUGACACUUGGAGCAAUUUCAUUUAAACUCCACAACCUGAAGGACCUUAUUUAUAGUUUUAGCUCUUGGCUUAAUCACUGUUUUAGAUGAUGUGUAAUUCUGAGCUUAAGCCAAGACCUAAUAAGGAAAGCAGGCAUUGUGAAGGUAGGGCAAGGAAUCCUGAGUGUCCACUAGAGCCAGGUAUGCUUUGUCUUCUGUUUUAAAUGAUCUGUGAAUUGAUCUGUUUUGGAGGUGUGCAACUGUAUAUGGAGAUAUCAGUUAGGAGUCCUUAUGGGUGUUGGGUCAUCCUUGCUAUAUCACCUCCUUUCCAGGGCCAGGGUGAAAAUAAAAGGAAGUCUGAUUGUAAGCCAAUAGCUUUGAUUCCGAUUUCAGAGCUUUGUGGGUGAGAGAAAGUUUGAAUUAUCUGGCGUGUACCCCUCUGGUGUCAGACAGAGCUGUUCAUGAAUUAUUUCAGACAUGUGGCUGUGGAUGGGAUUCUGGAUUUUCAGUGAAGGAGAGUCUGUAACCUACCCUGCUGAUCAGAUAGUUCUUUGUACAUCUUCCUUAUAGAAAUUCAAACCAGCCUUCUUUUGUUCAGCAUGUAGUGGAAAAAGAACAGCUGGUCACCUUCCGUGUAUUUGAAAACGACAGUGAAGUCAUCGCUCUGGUGUUUUUAUUUCAGUGAUAAAUAAUCCCACCCCUACUCAUUCCUCACAGCUCUUGUUUUCCAAGGGCUUAAUAAUUUUCACUGCUCUUCUGUUUCUCAGCUUCACACUCAGUUUAGUUGCCCAAAUAGAAGGUGGUGCCUUAUUCACAUUGGUGCCUUGUGAAGGCCAAGCUCAGGAUGGGGAUUAACAGAGAAAUUCUUAUGUACCCUGCUUCUCUUACUACUUAAAAAUUCAAAGGCACUUUUAAAAAAUGGUAUAUCACCUAAAUUCAUUUUGUGAGUUGAUUACCACAAUUUUUUUUCUUGGCAGUAGUCUUCUAUCAUAUAUGGGGUUUUUUCCCCUUUUGUGUUCAAACACUUGGUGCUUAUUCCUGAUGUGUCUAAUGUCAUUCCUGAGCUGCUUCAAGAUACUCUUCAAGACCAGCUCUUACCUUCUGAGUGGCAACCACCCCUCACUUCCAAUUUUGGAUUCUAUUUUUAUGUAUCUCUAGACAUUACCUUUAAUUCAUGACUCACAGUAUUAUUAAAUGGUGCAGACUUCAGAUUAGCCACAGGUGAAAUAGCAGUUGCUAAGGGCUAAUUUACUAAGAGGUCGAGUGAGGACCUCUUGGGAAUUUUGGUCAGUUGUCUUCCCUCCUGCUCUUCAGCUCCUCUCCAAAAUUCAGCGAGGACCACAGACUCCUCAAAGAGCUUUUCCAUUUCUAAAGGGCUGGAGCCAUAGCUCUGAAUUGACCAAGCACUGUGGUUUGCACAAGCAGAAGUCUGACAAAAGCAAACCAUUAUGACUGCAUAUGUGAUGCUUUAUCAAAGACAAUUUCAGUUGAGAAGAUCAAAGAAGCUAUCUUCUGUUUGUAUGUGACAUAGACAAAGUUGGCUGCUCCAGUCAUUAGACAAAAAGUUACAAUUGGAUGAUGCUAAUGUGUAAUCGUAUGUUAUUUUUAACAAGCAUCUUUUUUCUGUCUUAAGAAAAAAAUGUGAGUUUGGAGAGAGCAAAAACUUUUGUAAAAACCAAAUGUAUUCAUUUAGAGAGUAGGUAACUUCUAUUUUCACUGUUGGUUUGUUUUUUUUUUUUUGUUUUUCACUGCAGAAGCUCCCUGUUACUAUGUUCUGGGGGGAAAGCCUGUGGAACAGUGGUUAUUGCCAUUGUCUGUGUUUCAUCUUUAAGUUUCUCUUUUGUGAGGUUUGGUGGAAUAGUGAGCACUGACUGGCAGACUGUAGCAGUAUGCUAUAUUUUUACAUUGAAAAUGUUAUCAUCUUAUUUGAUUUGUACAUAACUCUGUAAAUAGUAGACCACAGCUGACAUUUGUAAAAUGU